UGCAAAGGAAAGCAACCUAGAAUCGCAUCGGUUUUUAGAUUAGCUACUUCUGCACGAGAGGAAAAUGAAUAUAAAUACAAUUAUAGAGAAGAUGGAGAUGGGCGAUCAAGAUGCCGCGUUGACGGCGCUGCAGGAUUUUAACAGAGAGAAGGGUCAGUGCUUCGCGUUUUCCGCUCAAGAGCAGGAGGAACGAGAGCGGCUGGGAGAGCUCGCUCUGAGCUUCCUGAAGCGAGACCUGCAGCCGUCCUGCCGGCUCGCCUGCCUGGAGACCAUUCGCAUCCUUUCGCGGGACAAGAACAGCCUGGGGCCCUUCUCCACGCGUGAUGCCGUCGAGAUGCUCGUCCGGCACGCGGGGCUUGCCGGGGGAGAGAGCGCCGCGCCCGAGGUUCCCGAUGCGGAUGUGGUGGUGGAGGCGCUCAAGUGCCUGUGCAACGUGGCGUUAAACAGCGAGGCGGCGCGGGAGGCGGGCGCCCAGCUGGGCCUGGUGGUCGGACUGGCCGAGCGGCUCAAGCAGUGCCGCGGGCGCGAGUGGAGCCACGAAGUGCGUUUUUUCGACCUGCGACUCACCUUCCUCCUCACGGCGCUGCGCGUGGACGUGCGCGCCCAGCUGGCCCGCGAGCUGCGCGGCGUCACCCUCCUGGCCAACGUCCUGGACGCCACCCUGCGCCUGCGUUGGGUCGAUACCUACGAGGUGGUCCAGGCCAACGCGGAGGACUCCGCACGCCCGCCGCCCCUGGGACGAGAGGAGACGGAGCGCGCCAUGGAGAUCCUCAAGAUUCUCUUCACCGUCACUUCUGACACCAACCGCCACAAGGUGGACGAGGAGGAGGCAGCAACAUACAGACACCUGGCAGCCAUCCUGCGGCAUUGUUUGAUGAGCACGGCCGACGGAGAGGAGCGCACCGAGGAGCUGCACAGACAUACAGCAAACCUGCUGGGGAACUUGCCUCUGCUCUGCCUGGACGUUCUGCUCAUGCCCAAGGUGCAGCAGGGCUCCAUCGAGUACAUGGGCGUCAACAUGGACUCGGUCAGCGUGCUGCUGCGGUUCGUGGAGAGGAGGCUGGACAGGGGGAACAAGUUGAAGGAGACUCUCCUGCCCUCCUUAAACCUCCUGACCGAAAGCGCACGCGUUCACCGGGAGACCAGGAAAUUCCUCAGGAUGAAGAUCCUGCCCCCUCUGCGCGACGUGAAGAACAGGCCCGAGGUGGGCAGCACCCUGCGCAACAAGCUGGUGCGCCUCAUGACGCACAUCGACACUGACCUGAAGCACUGCGCUGCUGAGCUGCUCUUCGUGCUCUGCAAAGAGAGCGUGUCCCGCUUCAUAAAGUACACGGGAUACGGCAACGCGGCGGGACUGCUGGCCGCACGGGGGCUCAUGCAAGGGGCCAGGGACCCCGGACAUUAUUCCGAGGAUGAGGACAGUGACACGGAGGAGUACAGGGAAGCCAAGCCUCUCAUUAACCCCGUCACGGGACGCGUGGAGGACAAUCAGCUCAACCCCAUGGAGGGCAUGACGGAGGAGCAGAAGGAAUUUGAGGCCAUGAAGCUGGUCGACAUGUUUGACAAGCUCUCCAGGGACCGCGUGAUCCAGCCCAUGAAGCUAGGGCCCGACGGGAAGAUGAGCUCCCUGGACGUCACCGCUCUGCGGAGACUAGCGGAGCAAGAGCCACCGCAAAAUGCAUCUGACAGCGAUGAAGACGUUGCGUAGUUGGACACAUCUUUGUGCCGAGUGUUUUUGUCACGCCGGUACUGUGUAAAACCCGCACUGCUUAAGACGAAGAGAGCGAGCGAGACUUUGAGCGCUUCACUUUAACCACACUAACCCUGUAUGUGAUUUUGUGAACAGUGAUGACGGUAACCUUACUGCAGAUGACAUUUUAAAAACUUCAGAAGCUUAUAAUUCUGUAUUGGGAACCAUGCAUUUUGUCUUGAGCAGUGAAGCAGGGAAAACAGGCAUUAUCCUACAUUGAAUUCCACCGCUUAGUUUUUCGUGCUGUUAUGUCCCAGCUCUGUUGUUGUGUGACACUGUGCCAUGAAAUGUUAAAUUGCUACGCAUUUCCUCUCACUUGUGACAUUAAACUCUCUUUCAAGUUAGUGUACGAACUGCUUUUUGCCCAGAAUGCUGCCCAUCUCACUGCCUCAGGUGGCCUUCCUUAACCUCAGGCUUUGGUUCGACCUCCGCUUAAUUUCAGAGAAAUCAUACUGACCAGCAGGUGGCGUAGUGGUUAGAAUCGUCACCUCUCCUGCUGUAGAUCCCUUGAUCAAGAUACUUACCCUGAACUGAUAAAUUGACAAUACCCUGCUGUACAGUUGGAUAAAUCCCGAUCACCAGCUUGGCGUACAAUCCUGACACUUUGUGUUGCUCUGGAGAAAUAAUUGUUUUGGAAAAUAUUGCAGCUGUAACUUAAUUUCAUAGGAUGUGAAUGAACUCUAUUUUGGACCCUAAUAUAACACUGUAAAAUAUUUUUGCUGUUUUUUUCUGCUCUUGAACUGUGCCAUUUAAAGGUUAAAAAAAAAUACCCAGGAAGAAUUAUGAGGGACAAACCCUGAACCUUACAUUUAUGUAGAAAUGCAUCCUCUUUGUUGCUUGAACACUGGCAAACUAUAU